AUGGCAUGUUGGAAAAUUUUAGUUGCUCUACUUGUUUUAUUUUUUCUAUGCUUUCCUCUACCUGUUUCAGUCAAAGCCAUUAAAACUACAUCUUUACCUCUCAGAAACACUACUGAAGCCAAAGUGAGAUGUGUUGAAAGUGAGAGGAAUGCUCUAUUAAGAUUCAAGCGCAGUCUCACAGAUCCCUCUGACCGACUGGCUUCUUGGGUUGGCAAAGAAUGCUGCAUCUGGAAAGGCGUAAAUUGUGACAUCCAAACUGGUAAUGUCAUCAGCCUUGAUCUCAAUGAUAGAACAAACAAUUGCUAUUGGAAGAAAAUAGGAUAUUUGAUUCCAGGCAAUUCAACAUGCUUGGGUGGCAAGAUAAGUCCUGCUUUACUCGACUUGCAUCACAUGGAGUAUUUAAACCUUGGUGGUAAUGACUUCCAAGGACUUACCACUCCCAAUUUCUUGGGUUGUCUUGAAAAAUUACAGUAUCUUAACCUUUCUUUUUCAUCUCUUAUUGGUGUUCCUCCUUCACUUGGAAAUCUAUCCAAUUUGCAGUAUCUAAGCCUCCGUGCAUAUUCCUAUCCUUAUAAUACUGUUGAAAGAAAUUGGGUCAAAGAUUUGAAUUGGGUUUCCUGUCUGUCUUCUUUGAAGUAUCUUGAUAUUUCUUAUGUGAACCUUUCUUCGGCAACACUUUGGCUUGAGUUUAUUAAUAAGCUGCCAUCCUUAGCGACUCUCAUUUUGCAAAACAGUAGUCUCCACUAUCUCCCUCACUCCUUACCAAAAUGGAAUAUGACUUCUCUUUCUUAUCUCUGCCUUUCACAGAAUUACUUUGUUAAUUCUAUGUUGCCUAAAUGGUUGUCUAAUGCCACCACCCUUGAGGCACUUGUUAUGGAAUACAGCAACAUCCAAGGCCCAAUAUCAAAUGUUGAAUGGGGUAAACUCUGUAAUUUGAGGAAGUUGUAUCUAGGGCAGAACAAACUUAAUGGAGACAUAAGUAGAGUGGUGGAAGGAUUAUCCAGCUGCAGCAACAUGACUAUAGAGGUAUUAACUCUAGGUGUAAACGUGUUGACAGGGCAAUUGCCAAAUUCAUUAGGACAUCUGAAGAACUUAAGGAUUCUUAGUAUUUCUUUUAAUAUGGUAUCUGGCCCGGUUCCAGCAUCUAUUGAGCAGCUUUCACGGCAAUCUUUCACAAAAUCACUUUGCAAGACUCCAUCAAUUGAAAGUUUUAUCCCUAUCUUGUGGAAGAAGUUUUUCAGUAACUUGAGCAAUGAAUGGGUUCCUCCAUUUAGCCUCUCAGCUAUCGAGCUUAGAAGUUGCAGUUUGGGUCCCAAGUUUCCAACAUGGCUAAAUACUCAAAAGCAACUUCAGUGGGUCGUUCUCUCUAAUAACUCCAUUUCAGAUGCUAUACCUCCUUGGCUUUGGACGCUGUGCUCACAAUUGCAAUAUCUUGAUCUAUCAGAUAAUCAAAUUGGUGGAAAUCUUCCGAGGAUAGUAAAUUUUCCAUUGACAUACCAAAGCUGGACGAUGGGUUUCUAUUUUAGUUACUAUUAUGGUGUCGUGGUAGACUUGAGGUCCAAUCGGUUCCAUGGUUUGUUGCCUCUUUGGCCAAAUGUGACACAUUUGAAUCUUGCUAACAAUUUGUUUUCAGGAUAUAUACCCUUAAACAUUGGUCAUGUGAUGACAAAACUUCAAGUGUUAGAUCUUUCUGGAAAUGCUUUUAUAGGAUCUAUACCACAUUCCAUAACAAGAGUGAAGCAGCUAUUGAGAUUGGACCUUUCAGACAAUCAUUUGUCUGGAAAGAUUCCUGAUUGGUGGUAUGAUUUGCAACAACUUCAAGUCAUAGAUUUGUCAGGGAAUAAUCUUUCAGGUAGUAUUCCUCCUUCAGUUUGUUCACCACUUUCACUUUUUUGGUUGAGAUUGUGCCGCAAUAACCUUUCUGGAGAGCUUCCACAAUCAUUGAGGAAUUGCAAGAGCUUGCUUGCACUUGAUAUUGGAGAGAACAAAAUCAAUGGCACCAUACCGGAGUAG